CACGCUCAAUUAAAUGGACAGAGCAGAGCUUGAGUUUGAGUUCGUUUUGAUUUCUUUGGGGCGGUGAACAAGAAUAUAUUGCGAAAGAAUUCAUCAGGAAAUCUUGAAUUUAAUUCGGAAAGUCCAUGGUUUUUUUCUUGGAGUUUGAGCUAGGAUUUCUGAUGUGGAGUCGUUGUAUAUCUGGAGGCCUUGAUCAUUAAUGCAGGAUGCUGGUUUCCUGCUUCACUUUGUUUUGCUGAAUCAGAGCUUUUUCGACUGAUUAAGAGAUCGGAACUGCCUGUUUUAAUUUCUUCAUCAAUUUCAGGAUCGAGGCCAAUCAUGGCGCAAAGCAGUUGGGAAGCAGAUAAAAUGCUUGAUGUCUAUAUUUAUGAUUAUCUAUUAAAGAGGAAUCUGCAAGCUUCUGCCAAAGCUUUCAUGGUGGAAGGGAAAGUUGCUUCAGACCCAGUAGCUAUUGAUGCACCGGGGGGCUUCCUUUUUGAAUGGUGGUCUGUCUUCUGGGACAUAUUUAUUGCAAGGACAAAUGAGAAACAUUCUGAGGUUGCUGCUGCUUAUAUUGAGGCACAACAAAUGAAAGCCAGAGAGCAGCAACAGAUGCAAAUGCAACAAUUUCAAAUUAUGCAGCAAAGGCAUGCUCAAAUGCAACGAAGAGAUGCGAACCAUGCUUCCCUUAAUGGCCCAUUAAAUGGAAUGAAUUCCGAGGGGGUGUUGGGUCAGUCUCCAGCAAGUGUUCUUGCUGCAAAGGUUUAUGAAGAACGCUUGAAACACCCUCACUCGAUGGACUCGGAGUCAUCUCCUCAGCUUCUCGAUGCCAACAGGAUGGCCCUUCUGAAAUCUGCUACCAACCAUUCAGGCCAGUUGCUUCAAGGAACUCCUGGGAAUGUAUCUGCUGCAUUACAGCAAAUCCACGCACGAUCUCAGCAGACGGCUGAUAUCAAAAGUGAAGUCAAUUUGGCUGCAAGUCAGAGGUCUUUGCCAAUGGAUUCAUCCAUGUACGGACAAGGAGUUAUGCAGUCAAAAUCUGGCCUUGGUAGCCCAGGAAUAAAUCAGGGUGUCAGUGGUUUGCCAUUGAAGGGUUGGCCUUUAACUCAGGGCAUUGACCAACUUCGAUCAGGUCUAGGUCAGCAAGUACAUAAAUCCUUUUUGCAAACUCCAAAUCAGCUGCAACAGUUUCAGCUUUUGUCACCUCAGCAGCAACAUCAUCUUUUAGCACAGGCUCAGGCACAUGCAGCACAAGGCGGUUUGGGUUCAUCGGGUACACCCAACUAUGGAGAAAUGGAUCCUCGAAGAUUUAGGGUUUUGCAAAGGGGUGGUUUGAAUGGGAAGGAUGGCCAACCCACAGGAACUGAUGGAACUAUGGGUUCCAUCCAAGCAAGCUCUCCCAUGGCCAGAGCGGGGUCACAAGAUCAGGCUGAACUUCUCAUGAAGAUGAAGAUGACACAGAUACAGCAGCUGUCAGCACAUCAGCAACCAACAGAUCAGCUGCAACAGCAACAACUACAACAGAAUAACCGAAAAAGGAAGCAGCAAUCUCCCUCUGGGGCUGCAAAUAGUACUGGUACUGGAAACACCACUGGUCCUUCCCCAAACUCUGCACCUUCAACUCCGUCAACUCAUACGCCCGGUGAUGGGAUGACCAUGCCUGGAAGUUUAACACAUGUGAAUAGUAUGCCUAAAAGCUUAAUGAUGUAUGGUCCAGAUGGGACAGGUGGACUUACAUCAUCUUCAAAUCAGCUGGAAGACAUGGAACACUUUGGAGAUGUUGGUUCCUUGGAGGAUAAUGUCGAAUCUUUUUUGUCUCAUGAUGAUGGAGAUACUCGAGAUGCACUAUUUGGCUCACUAAAAAGAAGUCCUAUGGAGCAUAACACAGAUUCAUCAAAGGGUUUUUCUUUCUCCGAGGUUGAUUGUCUAAGUUCAAACAACAGCAAAGUUAUCUGUUGUCAUUUCUCUUCUGAUGGAAAGUUGUUAGCUAGUGCUGGACAUGAGAUGAAGGUUGUUCUUUGGAACAUGGACACCCUAAAAACAGAGAGCACUCCUGAGGAGCACACUAGUCUAAUCACUGAUAUACGAUUCAAACCUAAUUCAACACAGUUAGCAACUUCUUCAUUUGAUAGGACUAUUAGAUUGUGGAAUGCAACUGACCCGAGUUAUUGUUUGCCUCCAUUGACUGGCCACAAAUCGCAUGUGAUGUCUCUGGAUUUUCACCCAAAGAAGACCGAUCUUCUGUGCUCAUGCGAUGGUAACAGUGAAAUCCGAUAUUGGAAUGUUGCUCAGCUAUCAUGCACCCGUCUUUCGAAGGGCGGAACAGCACAAGUCAGAUUCCAGCCUAGGGUUGGGCAGCUAUUGGCAGCAGCAGCAGAAAAUGUUGUAUCUAUAUUUGAUGUUGAGACUGACAGGCGCACUCACACAUUGAAGAGGCACACUAAGCCAGUCCAUUCAGUUUGUUGGGAUGCCAGUGGAGACUAUCUAGCUUCUGUGAGUGAGGACUCGGUUAGAGUUUGGUCUCUGGCAUCUGGUGAAGAGUGCAUUCACGAGCUCAAUUCUAAUGGCAACAAUUUCCAUUCUUGUGUUUUCCACCCAAGUUUCCCUACCCUCUUAGUUAUUGGUGGCUACCAGACUUUGGAGCUAUGGAACAUGGCUGAGGACUCAAGGAUGUCGAUUCAGGCCCACGAAGGCCUCAUCGCUGCUCUUGCACAGUCGCCAGCAACUGGCAUGGUUGCCUCUGCUAGCCAUGACAAAUGUGUUAAGAUAUGGAAGUGAGAAGGGUGCUGAGUUUUACUUUUAACCAAAAAGAAAGAAAAAAAGAAAGAGAGAGAAUGAGAUUAGGGAGUAUAGAGUGAGAAAAAUGGGUGAAGGGUGGCCUCCAUCUUGUGUUUGUUGGAUGGUUUUCAUAAAUGAAAUAAAUUGGGAAUGUGGUUGCUUUGAAGCUCAUGCAUGAUGCAUGGAUGCAUGCUUUCAUGUAUGUAUGAUUGCUUUGUCCUUCCAAUGCUUCAUCGGUAAGUGCAUGGAUGCAUGUAUCUAUGUAUGUAUGAUGUGAUGUGUAAUACCAUCGGACUUGCGUAUGUAUAUGUGGGUGUUGUAGCCCAUUAAUAGAGAUUAUUGAUCCAGAA